AUGAUUCCACAAUCAUUAAGGCAACUACAAAGUGAAAUUCUUGAAACAAUUACUAAAGAAAACUUUACAGGAAAAACACCAGAAGAAAUAAAAAAGAAUGAAAUCCAAAUGGAUAAAGUUUCAUUAAUAAUUGAUAAACUAGAAAUGGUAUUUUAUACAGAAAAUGAGAUACCAGCUGAAUUUGCCAAAUCUAUUUAUCCAUAUAUAUUUAAUGGAAUUUUAUUUUUUGAAGAAUGUCCAUUAAAAGAUCAACAUUGGAGAAAUAAUUGUGUAGAAAAGUUAUUUAAUUUCUUAUAUAAAAUAUUAUCUAAAGAUAGGUUAGAUAAAAUUAUAACAAUUGCAACUCAUAUGUUUGAAUGUGGAAAAGAAAGAGUAGAGUUAGUAACUGUUUCACUUAUUAAUGAAAUUGUAUCACUUUUUCCAGAACAAAUUAAAACAUUAGAUAUUGAAAAAACAUUAACAACACUUAUUAUUAAUAAAUUAAAUAAUUAUGUUGGUAAAGAAAUUAAUAAUAUUCCAAAUCAAGAAACAUUUUAUCGUAUGGUUUUAUAUCCAUAUAAAGCAGAUGUACUAUUUGAAAUGUCAAAACUUAUUUGUACUAUUGUAGAUCAAAAUCCUUCAUUAUUGCAAACAUUUUCAGAUGUUAUUGAAUCAACUGUGUUGGUCUUUAAAAAUCCACUUCUUCUUCUUUCAACAAAUAAUUUUAAAAUUCUUAUUCAGUUAUAUCAAGCGUUUUGUAAAUUUGCAUUGAUUUAUAUUAGAGCAAAUUCAAAAAAUGAAAGUCGUUCAGAAAUGGUUAGUAGUGUUCAUCAAAGAUUUCUUUGUUUAGCAAAUGAUUCAUUUACUCUUCCAAGAGAUUUAUUUCAAGAUGGAGUAAAUACACUUAUUGAAAUUGGUUCAAUAUUAGAAAAAGCAGAAGAGUCAUUAAAAAAUAUUGACAUUCAACCUAAUUCAAGAUUAUUAGUUGUAUUUAAUAAAGUAUUGGAAAUGAUUGCUAAGUCAUAUCCAAAAGCACUUACAACUAGUGCAAUUAUUAAUUUAUUUAAUGUUUCAUGGAGAAUAAUAACAUCACAUAGAUUAGGUAUUCAUAAUAUGAUUCAUGCAAUUAAAUUUAUUAAACAAGUAUUUGAUAAUAUUUGUCCUAAUAAAAAUGUUUCUUCAGAAGUUAAAAGACAAUCAGCUUUUACAAUUAAACAAUUUACAUUAUUAAUGAGACAUUUUACCGUUAUUACUAAACUUAUUAUAUUCCUUCCUAAUCCAUCAGAAAAUAUUAAACAUUUCUUUUGGAAUACAACAUCGAGAAAUACACCAAGAAUUAUUGAAAAUGCAUUUGAAUUUUUAAAACCAAUGGUUGAUAUGUUACUUACUGUAACAGAAACAUUUCAAAAUGAAGAUGGUUUAAUGGAUCAAUUAAUAUAUGAAUUUUUUAAACAAUGUGUUCAUUAUACAAUUAUGUGUAAUAGUGAUGAUGAAAAACAAACAUAUAAUAAAUUAGGACUUAAUAUUCCUUCACUAACUGAUACAAUGAAAAGAAUAUUAUCAAAAAUUCAAUCAAAUAAUAAACCUGAUAGUAUUAAACAAAUUUAUAUUGUUAAAAAAAGUGUUAGAUAUUUAUUAAAACGUGCAUUUGAAACUAAAUCAAAUGAAACAAAUAAAAUAUUAUCAAUAUAUGAUGAUUUCUUAUUGUUUUUUGAUAAAUAUGUUACAGAAGAAACAUUUACAACAUUUUAUGAAUAUAUUGAAAAAGGAAAAAAUAUUGGAGAUAUUGCAAUUCUUUUUAAAAAAGUAUGUUAUAAAAUUAAAUCAUAUAUUGAUCCAUUAUUUAAAGAAAAAAAUACUAUUUCUAAUUUCUCUAUUGCUGAGUAUCAACAAACAUUUGUUUUUAUUGUCGGAAAAUGUUUUAAAAAAAUUGUUCAAUAUCUUACUAUUGAUAGUCAAAUAGAAGUUGAACCAUAUGUUAUUAUUUUAGAUGGUUUAUAUUCUCUAUAUUCUUUAGAAAUUGUUUCUUCAUUAAAUGAACAAAAUGCAGAACUUUUUACAAAAAUUUAUAUGAAUAAUCCAAAUUGUGAAGUUCCAUUCUUUUAUUUAUCUGAAUAUAUUUCUUCAUUAACUGAUUUAAAUGAAUUAAUUCAUUUACCAUCUCCAUUAUUAAAAAUUGCAGAGUCUUGUUUACGUUUACCUUUACCUGCAGACAAAUUAGUUUCUUUAAUGUUCAUUUCACUUCCAAUCGCUUCUUCUAUUAUUUGUCUUAAAAAAGCUCCAGAAAGUUUACGUUCAGCUGCUUAUAGAUAUUUAUCAGUUAUUUCUACUGUAUGUCCACCAUCAUUACUUUAUAAAUACAUUCCAUCUGUUGAUUUACUUAAAAAAACAUUAGCAACUAUUCUUUCUAAUCCUCCAAAACAAUUAUCUGAUUUUCCUACACAUGAAAAUAUUAAUCCUAAACAAUCGAUUUUUUGUGUUGAUGAACCUUUUAAAUCAGCUCUCAUAUCUUCAUUAGCAGCUUUAGAAGUUUUACCAAGUGAUACACCAAAAAAAGAACCAAUAGAAAUUCAAUUUACAAUUCAAUUGGAUAAAAUAACAAUUACAUUUGAUUUAGAACCUUAUUACGAAGAUUACAUUAAUAAAUUAGAAAAAGAACCAGAAAAAAUAUGUGGAAUGUAUCCUAUUCUAAAACAAGCUAUUAAACAACAAUGUCAUCCAUAUUUAAUAUCAAUGUAUUUUAUUACUUUAGAAAAACAAAGUUAUGAAGAAAAACUUAAUGGUAUCCAUUUAAAAGAAAUUAGAGAUAUAAUUAAAUAUGAUAUGAUGAAGUACGUAGAAGGAUUUAUUCAUUAUUUUGAAAUUGCUGGAAAAAAUGAAGAGGGAUUUACUAUUGUUUGUAAUGAUUUUAUUCAAAUGAUUUCAGAAAAUGGAGGAAUAGAAAAUAAUAGAGAGUCUAUCUCUUAUUUAAUUUCAUUAAUUUCAAGACAUGAACAAACUCUUGGAUUUGAUCUUCAUGCAUUGGAGUUUAUUCAUAAAUAUUCAUUAAAAUAUAGUGAUUGGUUAUCUAUUGAUAGUCAUAUAACUGUACGUUAUUUAUUUGAUGUUACUCAAAGAGAAUAUCAUAAUGGAACUAUUACGAGAAUAUUAGAUGUAUUAUUAAGUCCAACAUCAUUAGAUUCUAUUAUUCAAACAAUUGAUGAUUCUUUACCAAGAUGGUUACAUGAUUUAUUUUCAACGGUUGUUCAAUCAAAUAGUCCACAUGGAAUAAAAUAUAUUAUAGAAUUCUUUAAAUCAAAUAUAGGACAUCCAGAAACAAGCUUAUUGUUAUUAUUUAAUAUUGAUCCAAAAAAUCCAAAUUAUAAUGAAAUAAUUAAAUACCAAAUUCAAACAUUAUAUUUUUUAAUGUCAACAUAUAAAGAUAAUUCAUUAUAUAAAGAAAAGGUACAUCAAUUAUAUUCAGUUAAAAUACCAAGACAAUACAUUAUUAAAGUUGAUUUACUAUUUCAAAGUUGUUGUAAUAAAGAAGAUUAUUAUAAAUUUGUUAUUCAAUCAAUGAAAAGUAAAGACAAUGAAAUUGCUUCAUAUUUUUGUAAUGUUUGUAUUAAAUCAUUGGAGAAUGAUAAAGAAAUUAUUGAAAAGUUAAUUGAAAAGUUAAUUGAGAAUAUUAAUGAAAAUAACUGUACUGUAUGGCAACAUGUUGAAUUAUUUGAUUUCUUAUUAAAUCAUACAAAUGAAACAAUUAAACAACAAACAAUACAACAUUUAGUUACUGAAAUGGAUAUACUAAAAACAGAAAUGAAUAAAAAACAAAAUAUUCAUUCUUUCUUAAAUAAAUUAAAUGGAUUUAUUCAAUUUAAAUAUUCAAUAGAAGGAAUUUCAUCAGUUUUAAAUGAGUUAAAAGAAUUGGGAGAAUACGAACACUUAUUAUCAUCUAUUCCAUCAUUAAAAAGAGUAUUAAAUAUUGAUCCACAACAAACAGUUUCUGCAAUUUUAAGUGAUGAAAAAAAUACAAAAACAUUACUUGAGUUAUUAGCAUCAAUUCCUGAUUUACAAUUAUUUGAUUAUUUAUUUCAACCAUUAUUAAAUAACAGUGAUUCAUUGUGGAAAAAAGAACAAGGACCAAUUAUUCUUUUAUCAUUUUUAGUUAAAUAUUCUAAACAACGUCAAUUCACAGAAGAAAUGAGUAAUGCCAUUAUUUCUCUUUCAUACUCAACAUCUAAAAUGAAUGACGUUGAUGCUAAGUUAUAUACCAAAUUAUUACUUCAUAUUAUGAAAUAUCAAACAAAUGAUGCAGAAUUAAUAAGACAAGUUUUAUCAACAUUAGAAACAGGUGAACAAGAAAAAUAUCAUUUUGUAAUGCUUUAUUUUAUUAUGAACUUUCCAAAUGAUGUAAAAAAUUUAUUGUUAACAAUGAGAGCAAUUAAUGAAGCUGUAGAUGGUAAAUGGAGAUUAUUAGUUUAUGCGCUUCAGUAUGUUAUUGUUCCAUUAAUUAGAGUUCACCAUAAAGAAUUUACAGGAAAUGUUCUUGAUGAAUUAAAAAAAAUGUUAUCAGUUAUACCAAAUAAUAAUAAUGUAACAUUAUUUGAUGAAGUACAAGGAACUCAAUUACAUGUUAUUAUUGAAACUAUUCAAAAUUAUCCAGAAUUAUUAGAUUCAUUAAGAAACAUUGUAUUAGAAAAAUCAAAUCCACCAACAUCAUUACACAAUGCCUGUUUAAAAUUACAUGCACAAUUAUUAGUAUUUACUCCAACUUGUGGAAUUUCAUUAGAAUCAAUUUUAGAAGAUUUAUUAACCUUACCAAUCAAUGAAAUUUAUUUCAAUUCUAUUAGUAUUGGAAAUAUUGAAGUUGAAACAAUUCAACAUUUGUUUGAAUCUUCACUUCAAGAACAUCAAAAUAUUUGUAAAAUUAUUUUAAGACAUAUUAAUUCACCAUAUCAAGAAAAUUUACUUCCAUUUACAUUUCCAGUUAAAUAUUUCUUUGUAUUUUACAAACAACGUAAAUUGUUUGUUCCAACAAUACUUAGAUCAAUUCAACACUUUGGAACUAAAAGAGAACUUAUUAAAUGUAUUGAUUUAAGUGAAUUAAUAGUUAAUUGGGAAAGAUUUAGAGUAAAAAAAGAAGGGUUAAAACCACUGAGCGAAGCACCAGUAUUAGUUAAUAUAUUAAAACAAUGUCUUCAACAAAAUAAUGACAAUGAAUCAUUAUUUCCAUUAUGUAAAACUGUUGUUGUCAAUAAUUUUAAAGAACAAGCACUUUCAUUAGCACAAGCAAAAAAUAAAUCACAAAACCAAGUAAAAAAUGCAAUUAAAAGAUUGUCUGAAAAUAUUGAAUCAAUACUUACAAUUUGGGGAAGUGAAAGCAAAGAACCAAUUUUAACUUAUGAUGAAUUAACAAAAAUUAGUGGUCCAAGAGAAAUUUCAAUGCUUAGAGAUUUCUUAGUUGCUUCUGCAAAAGCAACACCACCAGUAUUAUAUGAUGGUUUUAAAAUUGUUUUUGAUGGUAUACAAAAUGAACCUGAAAAAGAAGUAGAGCAAUAUGUUCCAUUGGUGAGUGGUUAUUUAACUGAUCCAAAAAAACAUGGAGAGAUGCAAAAGAUAUUGAAUGAAAUAUUAAUUCCAAAAAGAUGUUUUAGUUGUGUUAAAGAAUAUGUAAUAAAAAAGAAAAUUGAUUAUAUAAAUGGAUUUAAAGCAAAAAUGGGUGAUGAGUUUAAAAAAAUAUUAAAAGAAGCAAAUGAAUCACCUUUAAUGGCACAAAAACCUGUUUGUGAAAAAUUAAAAGAUAUAUUAGAUAUUUGGAAUCAAGUAGAUAGAGAAGGGCAAGAUAAUUAUAUUUGGGUAUUAGGAACUGAUCUAUUUGAAACUUUAGCUUCAAUUAAAACACAACUUAGUGGUGAAGGUCAACUAGUUAAUGAAUUUAUUUCAAUGUUGAAAAGUGGAAGAAGGAUUGAACAAGAGUCUUUAUUAAAAAAUAUGGGGAAUUAUUUUACUAAACCCAAACGUCCAGUUGUAGAAAGUCAAAGAGUUGAAUUUUUAGAAUACAUGUUAAAAGAAGAUGAAAAUAUAACUAUUAGAACAUGUGGUAUGGAAAAUAAAAGUACAAAUAGUAAAUAUAUAGAUAAAUUUGUAUCUAAAUUAACCCAAACAACUCCUGAAUCAUUAUUAUCAGAAAUUGUAAAAAAAUCAGUACCAAACAAUCAAUUUACAGAAAAAUGGGUUGGUGUAUUAGUUAGUAUUUUUAUUAGAAAAUUAAGUCCUGAUAAUAUACUAAGUGAAUUAGUAUUAGUAAAUCAAAAAUUAGCAGAAAAUAUAUUUAUUUCAUUAAUUUCUACUUUAAUUCAUAUUCAAGGAAAAGAAACAGAAAAUAAUAUCGCUAGAAUUUAUAAAGAAAGAAAAGAAUUUGGGGAACAUGUUUUGAUUCAAGUUAUUUGUGAAAACAAUAUUGAUAUUGGUAAUUUAACAUUAUGGGAUCCAAGUCUUAUUAAAAUUUAUGGUAAAUCAGUUAAAUAUUUAAAAGAAAACUUUAUUAAAUAUAAUAAACCAGAGUUGCUUUCACAAUUAUAUACAUUUAUUAUUAAAAACCCUAUUGAAAAAUAUCAUUUAUUAGCACCUUUAAUAAAAAAUGAAAGAUUAAAACAAUGCAUGGAACAAUUCCCACAUCGUGCUGAAUCACUUCAUAAUAUUAUGAAUGAUAUUUUAAUAGAAAUGCAAAAAAAUAAAGAUCCAGAAAUUGGAUUUGCAAGUGAAUUAAAAAUUGAUUUAGCACUUAUGUUAAAUUUGAUUGAUCCAUUAAAAAGAUAUGGAGAAAUUGCAAUUAAAAUUUGUAAAAACAAAGAAGAAAAGAGAAGGGUAAAUGAUUUAUUAGCCGUUUGUUCAUUUAGAAAAAUGGGAGGAGAAAAAGAUUAUAUCAAUGGUGAUGAUUGUUUACAAUACAUUCAUUUAUUAUGUAACAAAUUAACUCCUGAAAGAGCUGAUAGAUCUGGGCUUAACGCUGAAUUUUCUAAAGACCUUCUUAAAUUAGUUGAGUCAUUUGAAAAUAAAAUUAAAUGGGGUGAUUUAAAUGAAUGGUCUGUAUUAAAUGAAAUAUGUCAAAUAGCAAUUAUUUUAAGAGAAUUUAUUGAAAUUCAAUAUUUUAUGUAUGUCUAUUGUAUUGUCACUGAUACUUCAGAUACUUUUGAUAAAGUGUCAAGUUAUUCUAAUUUAUUUACACUUGAAUCUAAUACUAAAGACUUAUACAUAGUUAGAAAAUAUGCUAUUGACCAUCAUAAAAAAACAUUUCAAAGUUUGGCUAAUAAAAAGAAUUCUGUUCCUUCAAUUAAUGCUAUAGUCCUUAAAUUUGAAAAAUUAGAUAUCUUAAAUCAAAUUGAAUAUGCAAGAUAUCAUAGAAGAAUGGGUUUAUUCUCUCCUGCAAUAACGCUGUUAGGUGAAUUAGAAGAACGUGUUAAAGAACUUCAAGGAACAUCAAAAACUCAUUCAGAUUCACUUAAAUCAAAUGAUGAAAUAAAUAGUUUAUUCAUAAGAAUUUCUUUAGAAAAAGUACUUAAUGCAAAUGCCCUUGAACGUCCAUUACAAAUGAUUAAUAUUAUGCAAACUACUUACGAAACUUAUAUUCAACCUUAUAUUGAAUCACAUUCAAAAAAUACAGAAGAAAUUAAUAUGUUCUUUAGAACAUUAAAAGUGUUACAAUAUCCUUCAAUUGACUGA